AGGAGGAGGAGACGGGUGCGGAAUGAGGGGCGGCCGCAGGCCGACGGCGACCGGCUCGGCCGAGCCGUCGUCCGCCCCCGGAGCCGGAAGGAAACGGGACAGCCUGUCCUGGCGGAAGCAGAAGCUCCUGGACAUCCACGAGGCGCUGAGCCGGGACCCCGUGGACGUGGAGGCCCUGCGGGCGGCCGCCCGGGGCCGCGGCGGGCUGCUCAGCGACCAGGUCCGCAGGCGGGUCUGGCCCCGGCUCCUGGGCGUGAAUCCCUACGACCUGCCGCCCCAUCCAGGCCGGAGCCCCGUCCGGGACCACAGGGACUCCAGUCAGGUGCGGAUGGAUGUGGCACGCUCCCUGGGGCGCUUCCCCCGAGGCAUGCGGGCAGAGCAGAGGUCCGUCCUGCAGGGACAGCUGGUGGCCCUGAUCUUGGCGGUGCUGCAUGCCCGGCCUGAGCUGCACUAUUACCAGGGCUACCACGAGCUCGCGCUGGCCUUCCUGCUGGUCAUGGGGCCGCGCUCGGCCACUGCCCUGCUGGACCAGCUCUCCAUCCAUCACCUCAGGGAUUUCAUGGAUCCCACAAUGGACAGCACCAAGCACAUCCUCAACUACCUAUUGCCUCUCCUGGCCCGGGAGAGUCCCCGGCUGCAUCGCUUUAUGGAGAGGGCGGACGUGGGCCCGGUUUUUGCCCUGAGUUGGCUGCUGACCUGGUUUGGCCACGUGCUCCCUGACAUGGCCCACGUGCUAAGGCUCGCCGAUUUCUUCCUGGCCUCACACCCGCUGAUGCCCAUCUACCUCGCCGCUGCGGUGGUGUUACAUCGCGAAGCCGAGGUUCUGGACGGCCCGUGCGACAUGGCCCGUCUACACCACCUGCUGUCUCACCUGCCCCCGCGCUUGCCGGACGAGACCCUCCUGGCCCGGGCCCUGCAGCUCUUUGCCCACCACCCCCACCCCGAUUUGGCUCGCCAGGCUGCCCCUCGGCAUCGGAGCCUGGCCAUUGGCUCCUUCCCCGCGCUGCAGGCGGCCUCCUCCAAGCAGCGGCCGGACUCCAUCCUGCGGCGACGGCGGCGAGAGGCGGAGGUGGAGCCGGGACCGAGCGUCGGGGGCAGGUCCGGGGCGCCCAGCGGGCUGGUCAAGGCCGCGGUGUGGGGGCUGUCGGCCACCCUGGGGGCGGCCGCCCUGGCCGUCACGCACUCGGCCCUGGAGUGGGCCCCGGACUUCCUCCUGCAGCUUUUCUAGAGGACCGGACGGCGGCCCAGCCGGACGGGAUCCCCCCGGACACCUCCCACCUCCUCCCCCCUCCCCAGACCCGCCGGCAGACAGACAGAUGGAGGGCCCCCGGGGUGGGCCGGGAGCCCGAGGGGACGGACGCGGGGUCGGAGAGUGGGACAAUAAACGCG